AUGUCGCUAAAUAAAAUAGAAGUCCUACCAACAUCCUCGUCUCACAUCACCCCAGGAUGGGCAUACGUUCCCGAUACUCGAUAUGGCGCCUCCACCAGCACUGGAAGGGCUGCUGGCGGUCGCACGCGAGCUGUGCGCGAGCUAGGGGGCGCUGGACGUGCGGAUGUGUCGUCGAGGCAAAAUACUGCUACACUACGACAUCUCACGGAGCUAGAUCGAGAGAAUCAUAAAGAUACGCAUAUUCCUAUUCCAACGAAGCAAAAGGCUGCGACGGCGAAAGACAAACCCAGGGGCAAAACAACCUCCAACGUCCGUCGCAUCCUAAUGUCCCAAAAAACUUUUAAAAACUACCUAGAUGACGAGGAGGCAGCUCUUGCCCAAGGCCAUUCUCAAGCCUUAGCAACAAUCACAUCAUCCAUCGCUGCUACAUCCACCACAGCUACUCCUGGACGUUCUGCCCUUAAAUCAAGCAAAUCUAACACUCCACACACUUCAUCUCGUCCCGCCACACCCAAAAAGUCAACUCCAGCUACUGCAAACCAAUCUCCGGAACCACUCAAUGCAGCCUCUUCUCAAGUUUCCACGUCCACUUCACACCAACAGCAACGGAACCAACAACUAAUCGUCUCCAACUACGACAACGACCCCCUUCUCCGCUCCUACAUUCCCUCCGCACCGUCAGAGAAACUUAUGCAACAGCUUCUCGCCGAGCCACCUCUGUCAUACAAUGCAUCUCGCGCAACCCAUGCUACAACAACGCUGCCUGGACGAACAGCGGGUCCCACGAAACCUCCACGUCACUUUUGUAGCAUAUGUGGAUACUGGGGAAGAGUGAAGUGCAUCAAGUGUCGAACGAGGGUAUGUGGGUUGGAAUGCUAUCGGAUUCAUGAGGAGACUAGGUGUGAUCGGUUUUAUGCGUGA